AUGGGGGUGCCACCUUGUGAACGCGGGGGUGCCAUCCCACCGAUGGGGGGAGCAACCCUGCCCAUGCAAGGGCACAGCCCUAUAAGAGCAGGGGAAAUCCCGCUGGCGUGGGGGUGCUGCCCCACAGGCGAAGGGACCAGUGGGACAGCUGUCCUGCACUGGAGUGUGGAAAUUAUUUCAAGUCGUGAGAGACAUUUUGAGGUACUGAGGCUUGGAGAGGAGUUGAACGAUGUAGAGUGUGCACACAUUGAUGUGAUAGGGUUGGGUUAUGUGGCACAGAUGCCAAACAUUCGGUCACACAUGGCAAUGCUGAGAGCGUUGAUAGAGCGAUGGAGGAGUGAGACCUCUACCUUCCACCUGCCUGCAGGUGAGAUGACCAUGACCCUUGAGGAUGUAUACCGGAUCAUGAGACUGUCGAUACGAGGAGCUCAGUAUAUUGCAGGGAGGUUCGAGCAGGCGGAGGUCGUUAGACUCUUAGCUGGAGGAGAGAUUCCCUUGCGUUGGGGGAUGUUAUCACUGGAUCAUGCGAUGGCACAAGCACCACUAGAUAGGCUGAUAUACAUCUAUGUCUGUGCACUUGUCAAUGGUUACAUCAUACCAGAUCGUGGUGAGAGGUUUAUUGUACUAGGGAUGAUCCCAGUGGUUGUAGAGGCAGUGCACAGCGACAGACCGAUGGCCUGGGGGACCUUGGUGCUGACAAAGCUAUACAGGGAGCUCCAUGAGAUCAUAUAUCAUCCAGGCAAGGGAUUCAGAUUCAUCACACUUUUAUAG